ACAUUUUUGUUUUCGUCUUCUACAGGUUUGACAAGAACAGAAAUUCAUGAAAUUAUCCAAAAUGGAAAUGCUGUGCUUGGAGAAGCUGUCACUCUUUAUAUACACGUACCAAACAUGCGGAGACCGGUGGUGUGGCAAUGCCAAAAUCAUAAGUUCGAAUGUGACUUGACAUGCGCUAACAAUAAUGAAUUCAAAGUUUUCCAGACGGGCAACGGUUCUCUUCUUUGGAUCAGACAAGUAACUGAGGAAUGUUUGACUUGGAAGUUUGAGGAUGCGAACAUAAACGGUGGAAUAAUUCAUUUGAAGCUAAGCAAUCAGGGAACGAUAGCGAAAAGAAUUGAAUCUAAUGAAACAAGAACCAGCAACACAUCCAGCAUUUUCACAAUGGGCCUUGUGAAACUCGGCAUUAUUUUUUCAAUUGUAACUGGUCUCUGCAUUUACAAGUUUAAGAAAAAUCGAAGUAACAACAAAACAUCAAGAAACAACAACAACAGAAGAUAUUGAAUCUAAUACAACAGGAACCAGAAACAUACGCAUGCCUGCCAUGCUCGGAAUUAUCGUAGCAAUUGCUGUCUGCGAUUACAGGUUUCAUAAGAAAUCUAAGGAGCGACAAUAAUAUCCCAGAACGCUUCUUAUUUGUGAUUCUUUUCAUUUCUCGACACAUGGUUGCGUUUUCACUAUAUAAAACCCCUACUUUUUUUGGAUAUGAACUCGCUGGGAAGCAUCUGACUGAGCAAACGAAAUGUCCAAUGGGUAGCCAACACCCGUAGCUAAUGGUUGCAUGCUGUCCUUUUGCAGAUUGUGAAGCUUGCUAUAACCUUUACUCUAAAUACAGCGAAAUUGUUUUAUGGGCAAAAGAGGCAAAAACUAUUUUAAUUAUAUUUCAAGAUUAGUCAGCCUUGUUUAUAAACUUUCACUAAUUGUAUUUGCAUAACUGGCCUUUUGUAUAUAUUACUUUCAUAUUUUAUGCAUCAUCAUUGGUUUAGCAUCAUCUUUACCAAAACUCUGCUCCAUCUUAGUUUUGUCUGACCAUUGAAAUACGUUGCUUUUGUUUCAAUUAAUUUUGAAAAUAAUGAAGAAUUUAUUAAAAUAGCUUUGUCAUUAUUAAUCUGGUGUUUAAAACAAAGUAACAUGAAA